GUUCCAUCAGAUUCUAGGGAAGAUCGCCAUCUUUGAGGACGACUCGUCGGAGGUGUUUUUCCAGUUUCUUUGUUCAUAAAUUUGAUACAACGAAUACAUCUUCUCGUUUUAACACUCCAACUGUUAAACGAAGAUGCGCCACUCUAAGCGAAUGCGCUCCCCGUGCGUCUGGCUCGAUGAGUACAGCUGGGAGGAGAGGAUGGAGUGUCACCGGAAGAGGAAACGUGAUUCACACAGCAGCGAAAGAGAGAAUAAGUCCAGAAGAAUUCACCGUCACCAUAAGACUAACGAGGGGCACUACCUGGAGACUCGAAGUCUGAACCAGAGACUGGACUCUCGGGAAGGACACACCUGGGACCACGGUUCGGACAUGGCCUGUGAUGACGACAGCCGCGAAGGCAUCUGCAAGGACAGGGACCGUGACUGGCACCACUACAGCAAGUCAUCCGGGCGUAGUGGGCGCAGCAGACGCAGCAGUCACAGGCACAGAGACAGAAGGCGCAGACAUACCCCCUCUCGUCACUCUCCCUCGAGGAGGAGCCAUCACCGCAGGAGCAGGAAAAGAUCCAGGAGUGUUGAGGAUGAUGGCGAGGGUCACCUCAUCUAUCACAGUGGAGACAUGCUGAGAGCGAGAUAUGAAAUUGUGUGUACUCUAGGAGAGGGUGCCUUUGGGAAAGUCGUCGAAUGCAUUGAUCACUCAAAUGGAGCUCGAGUGGCUUUGAAGAUCAUUAAAAACAUAGACCGCUACCGAGAGGCAGCGAUGUCUGAGGUACAGGUGCUCGAACAGUUGAAGUCCCUCGACUCUGAUAAACGAUACUCUUGUGUGUACAUGCUGGACUGGUUCGACUACCACGGUCACGUUUGUAUCGCUUUUGAGCUGCUUGGCCUCAGCACAUACGACUUCCUCAAGGAAAACAACUUCCAGCCUUUCCCCAUUGAACACAUCAGACACAUGGCGUACCAGAUCAUCCGAGCGGUGCGAUUUCUGCACAAGAACAAGCUGACUCACACAGACUUGAAGCCGGAAAAUAUUCUCUUCAUAGAUUCCGACUAUGACAUGGAGUACAACCGCCACUUGAAACGCGAUGAACGGACACUGAAGAACCCAGAUGUGAAAAUUGUUGACUUCGGCAACGCCACGUACGAUCACGAGCACCACACCUCUGUGGUGUCGACACGUCACUACCGCGCUCCUGAAGUCAUCUUAGAUUUGGGCUGGGACCAUUCCUGUGAUGUCUGGAGUGUAGGUUGUAUACUCAUUGAGUACUACCUUGGAUCUACUCUGUUCCAGACACACGACAGUAAAGAACAUCUCGCUAUGAUGGAGAGAGUCCUGGGCCCCAUCCCCACAAACCUCCUGGAAAAAACCAAGAAACGACGAUAUGUUCACCGCUGCAAACUGGACUGGGACAUGCACAGCUCUGCUGGGAGAUACGUUAGGAAGCACUGCAAACCCCUCAAGCAUUACAUGGUGUCUCACAGCGAAGACCACCGGCAGCUUUUCGACCUGAUCGAGAAGAUGAUGGAGUAUGACCCAAGCAAGCGCCUCAGUUUGGAGCAGGCUCUGAGACAUCCCUUCUUCUCCUGUUACUACAAGAGCAGCCGUAGCAAAAGCAGCAGCAGCAGCAGUAGCAGCAGUAGCAGCAGCAAAAAAGAAUGAACUGCUGAACCUGUAAACCUCUGACCUGUACCCUCGGUCAGGGCCUGGCUGUCACCAUGACGUUCAUCACUGUGCUCAGUGCCAGUCUCUACUUCGUGACUCUCCAGGAGAGGCAUUACUUUAGUGACUGUAUCAGUCCACUGCCCUGCUUUGCUGUGUCCUCUCCCUAAACUAGUGUUUAGUCUCAAUCAUCAAGUUACAUCAGUGGCAUGUUUGGUGUAAUAAUUCCUCCAUGUGAUGUCUAUUUAUUUGCUGUUGUAAUUUAAAUAGUUGCUUCUGAGCAUAUACUGGUGUUUUGAUUUUUUUUUUUUAUUUUCUAUUAAUGAGUCAGUUGUUUUUCAUUGUUUCUGUUCAUUGCGAAGUCGGGUAUAAGUAUCAUCGCAGAUCAGAUUGAGGACAUUUUUUCAUCCGGCAGUCUCGACCACCAACUAAUGUAGAAUUGAUGUAAAAAAAAGCUAUUGUGGGCAGAAAAUCCUUGUACAUAGAAUUUGUUGAUAUUUUUUCACUGACUGGUUAUGUAACUAUUGCAGUAUCAUACAUUUACAAUAAACGUGACAACAGAGGA